AUGUCGCCCGACCUCAACUCUCUCCCUCCGUCGCGCUCGUCCUCGACCUCAUCUUCUCUACCAUACCGGAACCCAUCCGCCGUCUCCCCGGGCACAACGACUCCCUCCCCCGCCCCGGUCAACCCCAGCACAACACCCCGUCGGCCCUCGCGCGGGUCAAGCAUCGGCCGCGUAUCAGUCUCUGAGCGGCGUCGGUCAGCGGCUGGCAUGCACCUGAACCUGAAUGAGACUGGCAGUAUGGCAUCAGGCAAUAACAAUAAUGAUGCACCUUGGUCCGAGCAUCGUAGCUCAAUGGGCCAGGCCUUCCGCACGGCUAGUCCCACCAGUCACGGCGGGAGUCCGGUCUUUGCGACUGCGGACCCGCACCACCAGCGUGCCCCAUCGUUGGGGGAAUUACACCAGGAAUUGGAGCAGGAACAAGAAGCACAAGUGAACCGUCUACUGCAGAUGAUUCGCAGCCAGCAGGCCCAGCUACAACAGUACCAGCAGCAAAACCAACAGCACAACUCAUCCGCCUCAGGCACAGCGGUCAUUGACGAUACUACCACCCCGGCAUCAGAGCGGUCGACCACAUUCUUCCCACCUAUCCCUCCCCCCACGACAGGUCCCAGCAACCGUCUUUCCAUCUCUUCUCUCUCCAACCGCCGAUCAUCCCGCCCGUCCAGCCAGGCUGCAUCACCGAACCUGCGACCACGGGAUGCAUCACGGGGACCGGAGGGCACAGAGGCCUUCCCGAGUCUCCGGGAAAGCUCAUCUCGACGGAGUAGCCGAGAUGAGGGGGCAUACUAUCAAGCCGAAGCUGCCAUGCUGAGUCGAGAGAAUCAGAUGCUGCGCCAACGCAUUCGAGAACUUGAACGACAAAUCAGUGACAUGACCAUCUCAACCAGGCCGACUGCCCCUACAGCUCCCGACUCGGGCCCAGUAUCAGGGCAAGAGGGGACCGAAGCGGCAGACCCGCAGACCAUGCGAUCGGCAGACAGCAAAGACUGA